CUGGAAAGCCAUUCUAAUCUCACAGGAUCACGUAGAUCUAUCAUAGAACGCGGCAGGCAAGUCGUUGCAACGUUCCUUUGCCAUGAGGGUGCAGCUGCAUCCUGGCAGUACACGCAACGAUGUGGCCGUGGCUGUGAGCUCGCUGCUGCCCGAGUGGCAGCGACAGCCCAAGUUUGCGAUGCGGACGCUGAAGAACCUGUCGCAGGCGAAGCUUCCUGGUGCUGCUUGGCAUGUCCUACAGAUCAUGGAGGAGGCGUCCAUCGAAACCAACGUGUUCCACUACAGCGCCGCUAUCAACGCUUGCGAAAAAGCAGGGGAAUGGAUGCUGGCACUCGCAGUUGUGGUAGGCAUGCAAGAGAAAGAAGUGAUGCCAAAUACAGUCACCAUGAAUUCUGCAAUCAGUGCAUGUGAAAAGGCAGAGGAGUGGACUUGGGCCUUGCACUUUCUGGAUGCGAUGCCAGGGACAAGCCUUACCCGAGACGUGAUCAGCUAUACGAGCACCAUGAAUGCGUGUGCAAAAGCCUUCCUAUGGGAAACCGCGCUCCAACUGUUCGACUCCAUGUCUUUGGAAGCGGUUGUCCCAAACACGAGAACUUACAAUGGAGCAAUUUCGGCCUUUGCUCAAGCUGGGAGAUGGCGACCAGCUCUUCAAAUGCUGGAUGUGAUGGCUUCACGAGCACUGAAACCAAACACCUUCAGCUACAAUGCUGCACUCAAUGCGUGUGACAAAGGAGGGCAGUGGCAAUGGGCUAUUCACCUCCUGUUCUACAUGCAACAGCACAAGGUGCCGCUUGACCACGUAUCCUAUUGCACUGCCAUGACAGCCCUGGCACGUGAUGGCCAUUGGAUGGAGGCGAUACUGUUGCUUGGCACGAUGCCACGGCCCACAGCAGCAGCCUUCACUGCAGUCAUCUCUUCUUGCGAACGAAGCAGCCAGUGGCAGGUGGCCCUAGAUGUGUUGUUCUCAGAUGGACACGCCCAUUUGAUGCCGUACAAUGCUGCUGCCAGCGCCUGUGAAAAGGGAACACAGUGGCCGAUGGCGCUGCAUUUGUUCGCUUCUGCGCAUACAAGAACUUUGCGGGCGGACUUUUGGGCAAACUACAGAAAAAACAGAUUGUCACCCUAUGAAACGGAUUCGAACGUGUUUUUCCGUUCAGGCCUCCUUCCCGCAUGUCCUGAAAUAUUGGCUUGGCUCGUGAGCACUUGUUUUGUCCAAUUUGAUUUUGACUACGAAACUGAGGAUGUUGGCACUCUGAAUUCUGUGAUGGUUGCAUGUGAGAAGGGGAGCGAGUGGGAGAGGGCCUUAACAGCCUUGCAGCUUUUGCCACUGGAGGAGGCAGAUGUCUUCGUUCUCACCACCGCCCUCAGUGCCAUGAGUCGUUCAGGUUCCCUUUGGGAGGGUGCUUUGGAACUACUAUCGCAGGCUCGCAGCCUGACCAUCCCUCCCAAUGCCAAGAGCUUUGGCGCCGCACUGAGUGCAUGCAAAGAACACUGGGAAGCAUCACUUGCACUUCUGGAAAGCAUGCAAAAAGUUGAGGUGGAGCCUGGGGCACCUCAUAUUGGCGUCGUGGCUAGAGCACUGAAGGGCUGCGACGUGGAGGGGUUUCUGGAGGUCUUCCGCCGCAAAUGGGCGAAGAGGGCGAAGCAACAAGAUCCAAAAUUGGAAGGCUCUUCAAGCACUUUGUUGGGUGUCCGACAUGGAGUGAUUGGAACUAACAAGCCCCCUGACAUGGAAACAGAGGCUUUUGUCGCACAACUUUCGAGGGAAUUGGGCUUCUCACUUUACACUGCUUCACGCCUGGAUUACCCAACCUCUGGAGCAUUGCCCGUGGCCUUUGGAGAGGGCUCGGUGGACUGGCUGGAGGUGCAGUUUGCCGCCCGUUCAGUGGAAAAAGAGUAUUUGUGCGUUUGUGAAGGUCCGCCUUUGGAUUCUGGAGUUGUGGAGUUGCCCCUUUUUACAGACAGGUAUGAGAGGGGUGGUGCGCGAACGGUCGUGUGCACCAAGCGCGGACUGCCUGCGCGAACUGACUAUGAAGUGAUCUCCAAAGUGACCGCAGAAAGAUCCAAUGAAUCCAAUGUCUCUGGGAAUGAGAUAAUGUUGGUGAAGGUGAAGCCGCUCACAGGACGGACACAUCAAAUUCGUGUGCACAUGGCAAGCUUGGGGAGGCCAAUACUUGGAGAUAUGACGUACGGUCAAAAAGAGCGUUCGUUGAUCCCAAUGCGGCGGUUGUUCCUCCAUUGCAAGAAGGUUGUGGUGAGAGAUUUGGCAGGAGAGGUGUUCACCAUUGAAGCCUCCCUGCCCAAGGAUUUGCAACAAAUCCUUCAAUCAAUCUCCCUGUGUUUUUCCGACUAGCGGCAGACCGCUAGAAUUUGUUGGAAAGCUGGAUGGGCUGGUCAAUCGAAUGCAGACGCAAAGUGCUGGCA